AUGUCAACUUACUUGCUGGACCGGUGUCGAGGAGGGAAGUCCCGAAGAAGGCGGCUGGCUGAGAGCCUUUUCGUGGUGCUGCUUAUUCCUAUGAUUGCUGUCGUGUCGGUGUGCCCGUUUCUGGUUCCAAUGGCAGCUCCAGGUGCUAUGUUGUUGGAAAGCUGGAGAUAUCUGCUUUUUUAUGUCGUGUUCGUGAGUUAUGCAGUUGGCGUCUCCGUGCAGAUGUGCACUCGUAGCAUUCCAAAGGAAAACACUGAGAAAGUGCCUCUGUCAAUUUGCUUGCUCAUACCCUGCACUGGUUGUGCAGUCACCGUAGUCCUGGAGUUGAUGUUGAACAGUGCUGGAGUAGCUCCGAUACCGCUGGAAUUUCUCGUCACCCGGGUCCCAGGACUGCUGGCAACUUUCUUUGUGACAUCUUGCCUUAUGCCGCAACUGCGGUCGCGCACCAGCAGGCAUUAUCUACGAUUCCUGGUGAUGUGCACUCUUCUCUGGGGAUCCUCGGAGGUUUUCCUGCUCGCUUGGUGGGUGUCGUUUCCUUACCUAUCUGUCACGGCUCAAGGCCUUAGCUCAGUCGGUGCGACCGCUCUAAUUUCCGCCAUCAACAGCGGCUUGAAGCGUGUUGGCGGCCGCUGCUUUGACCUGCCGGAGGAUCUUACUACCGAGGUGCAGGUAUUCGCACUAUUUUUUUCGUUCUUGUUUUCCACUUCUCUGAUCGCUCAAUCCAGGAGUAUCGCUGUGCUCUUGUUGCUUGCCCUGCUGGACGCGGGAAAGGCAUUGGGAAUGGCAUUCGUCUCUUUUGCAGAGCUUGUGGCUCUCUACGAAGCAGCGGAGAGAUCGGAAGAAGCACCCGACGGCCAAUACAUGUCAUGCGGAGCCGGACAAAGCAACUGCUGGAUCAAUCGCAAGGCUUUCGUUCGCAAGAAACUUGAGAGCAGCCGAGCUGUCCUUCGCAAAAUCCGUGUGUUCGUUUCUGCUGCUGAGGAGCUGACAUCACAGCAGCUUAGAGAGAUGCACGUCAGCAGUCCAGACGCCCAACAGUAUGGACAUUUAGCUCGGAGUUUGUCCCUCCUGGUCACUGUGGAACUCUUCGAGACGGCUGUGCCUGUGAUUUACCUCAUAAUGUCUACGCUUCUGACAAGUGCAUCUUUUGGGGCGAACAGGAAGUACUUCUUGAUCUUUAAUGAUGAGGAGUACGCAGAAGCUCAGGGUGCCGUGGGCCUCGUGUAUGCCCUCCUGAUUGAGUUGGUGGUGUAUGUGGGCCUUCAAGCAGCUCUUCUGGCUCUGACGGGAGUCAGCUUCUGGGAAUUCACAAGUGUCGUGAUGAAGAGAGGCUUCCUCUACUGGUCGAGCAUUCUUGUUGCAACAUGCAAACUCUGGUUCGUGGUGCUUGUGGAGCAUGGUGGAUGUUGGUUUGUCAUGAAAUGGCUCAGGAAUGCCCUGGCAUGA